AGUGUGGGAUGACGCCUACUCCAGCCAACGGACUCUGGUUCCUACGCUGUUCCGCACCCUGGGCGCAUGCAGGAUCGCACCUCCUGUAGACUUCCUCAACGCCGAGUUUUGCACCGAACCGACCUCAGGGGCGACGCGAAAAACGCCUUCAGUCGGGGCGGCCUUCUCCGUCCUGGCGACGGGCGGGGCGGGCGGCUGGUUCCUGCGCGGCAUCCAGGGCACGCCCUGGAACAGCACCAAGGGGGGCACCGUGCCCGUCUUCUACAACGUGGACGAGCCCGGCCUCAGGGAGUGGCUCAACGAGAAAAUGCAACUCCGGACAACCGACGGAAGCAUAGUUCCUUUGCCCGAGCCGAAACUGCAACCACUCGUUCUGUCCGAACCAACCCAUUCCUCAAAGUGCGGCCAGACAAAUCUGCCGCUCUUCUCGCUGGCCUACAACCACACGUUGCCUGGACCUCUACCCUGGAGCGUAGCCAUCUACAUCGGCGACAACGAUAAAACGUUUAUCUCGGGAGUGCUGCUUCGCGAUGAUAUUGUUAUCACAGAUGCCCACUUGCUGGUGGUCCCGGGGUCUGCCUGGAACGAUUCAGUCGCUGUUCGCACCGUGGACCCAGCAGAGGUCCGCGUGAUGUGGGUCAGCCACACUGGCCGGCGCUAUGGUUCGCAGGUUGUCACCGUGCAUGCCCGUGAGAGGGACCGCGGAGCGUAUCAGACAUCGCGCACGUUCGACGUGGCGCUGCUCCGGCUCAAGAAACCCUUCCCGAACAGUGGAGCGGCCUGUUGGGACCACAAUCUACCCACACUGGAACGGUACCAGCUCGGCGUGACAGAUGCGUGGGACGUCAGUAUUCUGGACUUCCAGUCCGACGUCUUGGCCACGCCCUACGUCAACUUGAUAAAUGAUCACUGCAUCUUCAAGAACACGCCGAUUCCCAGAGUCAAAAUGUCGAUGGAGAAGUACUGCACAGGACCGGUGAGAGUCGCAGUCAAGACCGGGACGGGGUUCUUGAUAAGAAAGGGGGACUCGUGGUUCGUGCACGGCAUCCUGUCCACCACGGUCGCCAGCGGGGACGACCGCUGGGUCAUCACGGACUUGGCGGAGGAGGGCGUCAGCUCGUGGCUUCGCGAGAAGCUGGCCGAGGAGAGCGUGGAUCCCACACUGCACCCCGAGGCGCCUGCCGAGCCGGCACGCCGCAGUGAGUGCGGAAAGACAACGAUACCUUUGAGCUCUUUGGCGGAUAACGGCACACUGGCUGACCAUAUGCCCUGGACGGUGGUGGUCUACAGGAAGGACCCUAAUGGAACCAUAAGGAUGUCACCUGGGGUACUCGUUCGAGUCGAUGCCGUUUUAACCGACGCCUCUCUGCUUGUGGAGCCUUCGGGUGAGGGCAGUGACGUGAUGCGUGCCGUGGAUCCUGAAAGUGCGUUUGUUGUUUGGUUUACCCCAUCCGGGAGAAGACGUCGAUCGAAUGUGUUGAAAAUCUUCGUUGGCGAGAAGUCCCACCGCCUCGGCUCCAGCAAUGCCACUUUCAAUCUAGCCUUGCUGCGUCUUGGAUCGCCAUUCCUCAACAGUAGUGUUGCCUGUCUUGACCUGGAAAACACGCUUCCCGGCCUUCUUGAGGGAAAGAUGGGCGUGAUGGAGACUUGGAACGGCGACCCUUUCUGGUUCUCUAACAACAUCGUGGCGACAACCUUUGUUUCCAACGCAGACUGUAUGCUUGUUCAAAAGUCGGCAAAUGUUACCUCGGACAUGCUUUGCACGAAAGGAACGAGAGCUCUGGAAAGCACGCUGAAACCAAGAAAAGGAGUCAAAGUGUUACUUGACGUCAAGCCCGGGACAGGCUUCUUUGAGCGAAGCGGCGACGCGUGGUUCGUCCGGGGCAUCGUUGCGUUUUCCGGCGGCUCCGGCGAGGACCGACUCGCCGUCGUGGCCCUGGCGGACUCCAGCACGAGGGCGUGGCUGCGUGAGAAGAUGUCGGUGGGCGACGACGCAGCGCAUCUCUAAGCAUCAUCGCAGCUGUGGGAAUGCACUAGCAUCCUUCAAUCGACAUGCAAUCAACCUUCAUGUGUGCACAUAAAUGGAAUUUUGUUAUAAAGAAGCUGAACAGAUUUGUCAAUGCGAAUUUGAUGUAAACGUUUCUUAAACAAAUAAAAAUGUCACUUUGCUCAUUAA